AUGCGGAAAACAUUAAGCCUUAAGAAGGCAGGCCCUUCAAAAAAUCAAAAAUCUAUUACGGACUUCCUAAAGAGUGCUAAUAAUGGUACCAACCAGAGCCAAAAACCGCUUGCAGCUGAUAAAAAAGAUUCCGUACAAGAAAAAAUUACUACUGAUAACAAAACUGCCAAAAGAAAGGCAUCUCUGAUUAUUGAUGAUAACGACUUUGAAGUAUUUGACGAAAAUCCAAAUCAUGGAAGUUUUAAGAAUACUCCAAAAAAAAUUAAGACUGAUAAUAAAAUUGAAUCACCAUACUUUAGAAAUAGCCCAAAGAAGAGAUCACCUAAUAAAGAAAACAUUUUCACGAAAACAAUAUCUCCUAAGAAGAAUCUGAUGACAGAUUUUGAUGGAUCUUGUAGUAAGAAUAGUAAAGAGUCUGAUAAAUCAUCACCUAAAUUGGGAAAAAUUAGUAUGACCCCACCAAAUGCUGAGAAUUAUAUAGAUAAUGUAUCACCUAACAAAACUAAUAAUAGUGUCAAUGACAAAUCAUGUAUAUUUCAAAAUGGAGAUAAAGUAGACCAUAAAACAGGGGUUAUUACCCCGAAAAAAUUGUCACCAAUAAAUAGUAAUGGCCAUGUACCUAGUCCGAAGUUAGGAAGGAGCAAAACACCUAAGAAAAGUCCACUGCAAGAGUUCUUUUGCUCUCCAAUAAAUAUACUGUCAACUCCAGAGAAGAUUCUCACAGAGAUAUUAUCUCCAUCUAAAAGUGGUUCCACUGUCAAAGUGCUAGAUUUUGGUACAGAGGAGCUCUGUGAGGGCUUUGGAGAUGAAUGGGACCUUAAUGAUAUGGAGGAGGAUGGCAUAGAAAAUUUAGAUUUGAGUACAAUGCAGCGCUGUGAGAUAUUGAGUGCUAAAAAUGUUACAAAUAGAAUAGAAUUAAAGUUAAAGAGUGGUGAUGACAAGAGAGCUACAUGUUUUGUGGAAGGAUUCUGGAUAGACACUCCAUUAGUUCCAGGCGAUAUAGUCAGUAUAUUAGCCUCGCGGGAUUCCUCAGGGCACUACAUUGUGACCAACACAUCUGGUCUCCUCGUCUUACGACCCGACCACUUGAUAUCCAGCACUAGUGUUGUUGCAGGAGUGUUUUGCAAACGUAAGGCUGUGCUGCAGGAACGAUGGAGAGGAAUUGACUCCGCUAAUAUGGCUAUGACAACAGGAAUAUUAAUACACGAACUGGUUCAGAAAGCUCUGUCUGACAAGAUCACGGCGACAGAUCGCCUUCGUUCAGUGACGGACGAUAUUAUAAAAGAGUCAGUUGAGAGGCUGUUCGAUGCUGGACUGAGUGAGGAGGAGGCGAGGAAUGCUGUGUACAAGUAUAUACCGCCGCUAGCUGACUUUAUGAACACUUAUGUAGCAGAUAAACCACCUACUGUGGCGAAUGUAAAGACAGAUAAAAACAAUUGGUCAGGACAUAUUGAUAAGAUAUUGGACAUUGAAGAGAACCUGUGCUGCCCGAAACUAGGGCUGAAGGGAAAAAUCGAUGCCACUGUACAAGUCACUAUACACGAAAGAAAUGGUCGUAAGAAGGCCGUAGUUCCCCUCGAGUUGAAGAGUGGCAAGGCGUCCAUGUCGGCGGAGCACCGCGGCCAGUUAGUGCUGUACGGUAUGAUGCUCAACUUGCAAGCUAAUGAGGAUCCCACCCAGGCCGCCCAGCGAGGCUUACUGCUCUAUCUAAAGGAUCGCGUUGACAUUCGUGAAGUAAGCUGCGGUUACCCCGAGCGUCGAGAUCUGAUCAUGUUACGCAACCAACUCGUACAAUACGUCACAGCGUCGCCUCAAGACAUCGAUCCAGAAAAUUUAUUGGACAUAGAAGAAGCGGCUCUCAUGCUGCACCAGAAGCUCCCGGAGCCAGUAGACCACCACAGCGCCUGCACCAAGUGUCCAUACCUCACUCUCUGCUCAUUGCAUCUCUGGCACACAGACGGUCCGACAGUGUCAGAAUCCCAUCCGCUCUCCAACUUGCAAGGUGAAGCAUUAGGACAUCUCUCACCGCAGCACAUUCAGUACUUCUUACAUUGGACGGCGCUGCUCCGGAUGGAGGAGAGAGGGCAGAUGGUGACGUCACCUCUACACGCACUCUGGACUGAUAGUGUUGAAAAGAGAGAGAAGCGUGGUACCUGCGCUGCUAAUCUGAAGCUACUCGCAGUCACUCACUUAGAAGACAGAUAUCUGCAUGUGUUUCGACGAAAUAUUGGUGAUAAUGGCGAUGCAGAUGUAAAGAUGCCAAAAGGUCCACAAGAAGGAGAGUUCUCAAUAGUGAGCAUCAAGGACCGACCGUGGAUCGCAGCCGGAGUAGUUACCGUCGCGAACAACAAAGAAAUACAUAUAUUUUUAGAAAGAAACCUAAGUUCUCGUUUGUCCAAACAAACAGUGUACCACAUAGACACAUACGAGUCAUACGCGACUACAGUGCAGAAUCUCACGAAUUUGGGUGUUUUGCUUGAAGACAGCGAUCGAGCCUACAGACUUCGAAGGUUAAUAAUAGAUAAGGAACUACCUCAAUUCGAAGCCAAGUUGCCUCGUGACGUGGGUCGGCUGGGGACGCGACUGAUGAAGUCACUGAACAUACAACAACAACGCGCCGUACUCAAGGCUAUAGCUGCCAAGGACUACGCGCUGAUGAAGGGCCUGCCUGGCACUGGCAAGACCCAGACAAUAAGUGUACUGAUACAGAUGUUGGUGGCCCUGAAGCAACGCGUCCUCGUCACUGCGCACACGCACUCCGCAGUUGACACUGUACUCAGCAGGUUGCCGGCGUCCCUGCGAGUGAUGCGGCUGGGGUCGCGGGGCCGCCUGGCGCCCGAGCUACAGCCGCGCAGUGAUCUGACUCUCGCCGCGCACUGCGACACUCCGGGGGAACUAGCUGCGCUCUAUGAUUCCAUGGAAGUAGUUGGGGUGACAUGUUUGGGCGCCGCGCACGCAAUGUUAGCACGAACUACUUUUGAUCUCUGCAUAGUUGAUGAAGCGACACAGGUGUUACAGUGUACCGUGUUGCGACCAUUGUUCGCAGCGAAGAAGUUCGUUCUAGUGGGAGAUCCUGAACAGUUACCACCGGUAGUGAGGAGCAGAGCCGCGAGGCGCCUAGGCAUGGAGGAGAGCUUGUUCCACAGACUGAUGUGUGAAGAAGCGACGUCGACUUUACAACUCCAGUACCGUAUGAACCAAGCGCUAGCGGACGUCGCCAACCGAGUGGCGUACGACAACCGUCUUCAGUGUGCCGACAGUAAUAUCGCGCAAGCCCGACUUACUAUCGAUGUACAGAAAAUACCUCAAUUGUCAAUAUCUCCGUGGUUGUCAAUGGCUUGCAGUCCCGAGCCACAAUACGCAGCGAUUUUCCUAGAUGUGAUGUCCCAUAAUAUUGAAGACGCACCCGACGCUCCGAAUAAGAACUCCUGUUCAAACCCUAUAGAAGCCUGCGUGGUUAUAGCGUUGGUGGAAGCUUUGAAAGAGGGCAAUGUCAAGUCCUCAGACAUAGGUGUAAUAGCUCCAUACCGUGACCAAGUGUCACUAUUGCGCCGCUCCCUCCAACACCUUGCUGUAGAGGUCAGCACUGUCGACCAGUUCCAGGGAAGGGACAAACCGGUCAUUAUAUACUCGUGUACGAAACGCUCCGGCAAACAUGAUGAUAAGAAGGUUAAGGAAGGUGAGGUCCUCAACGACCAGCGCCGUCUAGCCGUAAGUGUAACAAGAGCAAAACACAAACUCUUAGUAGUUGGCAACUCCAUAGCUUUGCGACGGUAUGCGCCGCUACAGAAACUCAUACAAACGUGCACCUCUACCCAACUAGACACAAAUAUUGUAAACAAAUUAUGUAAUAAAUAUAAAAUGUAUGUAUCCUGA